UGGCGUACCCUAGCUAGCGGUUUCUGGCAACUAGGGUUCUAUGGAUCUGGCAUCACCCGGAUGAGAUAUGCCAUAUUGCGCCUUCUUAAUCCCACUUAACCCCUGAUAACCACAUGGGCGCAUCUAGCCACAAAAUCUAACUGCAGUAUAGAUUUUAAGCCUGAUAGAGUCGGAGCCGCCUGGGAAAUUCUCAACCUUCCAAGCAUCAUGCGUCUGCUCGUAGAGAGUUUCCUCACAAUCGUGGCCCUGGCAACGGUAUCCGCGACAGCCAUUCCGGGCGAAAUACAUGAUAAGAGAUCCAUUGUAAAACGAGCCGGCGUAGUGUACAAUGUCUUCGAACAUGCAGCGACUGGAGCGAGGAUCGAGUUCGUCACAAACUCUGGCAUCUGCGAGAUGACCCCAGGAGUAAAACAGCAUUCCGGCUAUUUAUCCGUAGGGGACAACAUGAACAUGUGGUUCUGGUUCUUCGAAGCAAGGCAAAGUCCCUCAACAGCACCACUUGUGGCUUGGUUCAACGGCGGACCCGGCUGCUCGAGUAUGGUUGGGCUUUUCCAAGAAAAUGGGCCUUGCAAAUUCCAGCUCGGGGCUGAGAACGCAAAGCCUAUCAAUAACACGUAUAGCUGGAACAACUACGCAAACAUGCUGUACAUUGAUCAGCCCAUAGGAGUCGGCUUUUCAUACGGGGACAACCAAGUAAAUUCGACGGAGACUGCAGCUCCUUUCGUUUGGAAACUCAUUCAGGCAUUUUACUCAUCCUUUCCAGAGUACAGCAGCCGUGAUUUCGGCAUCUUCACGGAGUCCUACGGCGGACACUACGGCCCUGAAUUUGUGAGAUACAUUCAGGCGCAGAACAAAGCCAAAGCGGGCCAGCACAUCAACAUCGUUGCACUUGGCAUCAACAACGGCUGGUUCGAUUCAGAGAUCCAGGAGGCCGCGUAUGCGCUGUUCUCGCUGAACAAUACUUACCGGCCUCUCAUUUCAAAAACCCAAUACGACCUCUACACAGGCCGUUACGCAGAUUAUUGCCUUCCGGAAAUCCAACGAUGUGCAAAAAGUGGCGACAAUAUGGACUGCUCGAACGCUCAGAGAACAUGCUAUUACACCAUUGAAGGACCACUGUAUAGUGCUGGCCCGGAUCAUGAUGUAUAUGACGUUCGCGCUCCCAGCAACAACACUGAACCUCCACCGAAUUAUAUCAAGUACCUACAGUCUUCGGCUGUUAUGAAGGCGAUUGGGGCAAAGAGUACAUAUCAAGAGUGUCCGGAUGCACCAUACAACAAGUUCCAAACUACAGGCGACGAGGCACGCUCGUUCCUUGCACAGUUGGGCGAAGUCGUCUCUUCAGGGGUAGCGACUCUGAUCUGGGCAGGGGACGCUGAUUGGAUGUGCAACUGGUUUGGCGUUCUCGACGUGGCCAACUCCAUCCCGCAUCCCGGCCAGCAAGAGUUCGCCGCGAAGCCUCUGACGCCUUACACCGUCAACGGAAAGGUGAAGGGGUCGUUCAAGGCACAGCAGAACUUGUCGUUCCUGAGGGUCUUUGAUGCGGGCCACCUCGUCAUGUAUUACCAACCUGAACUUGCGCUUCAGGCAUUUAUACAGACGAUGAGGAGAGAUGCGAUUGAAUCAACGUAAUUCAACGUGUCCAGUCCUACAGUUAGAACGCCCAAAUGCAUGUAUUGAUUCCAACGCAUCUCUCAAUAUUCACUUCCAUCAACACCUAAGCCAUGUCGGGCUAUAUAUGGGUACGGCCCGACCCAGAAUUCCCCUGUGGCUUCUGACUGGUUCCCGAUCGGCGCAAACUAGCUUCAGCUCCUUCAAGCAGGUCGUCCACCCAGAAUUGCCGUCUGUAUCCGUCAGCGGGGUUGCCAGUCCGGGCUGGAGUUGAACAGACAACUACAACUCCGAGCUCGGUUACAUGAGUGGAGUUUGAGGUCAAGUGUUCAGCUUCAUGCGGCAUGUUACAAGCUUCUCCGCAGU